AUGGCGUUCUCUACAUUGCUGAAAGCUCUGUUUCUGGCGAUACCUUUGAUUCUUAUGCUCAUGCCAUGUUCUAUCAUAGCACUUUCAAAGGGAUUGGAACAAUCUCCAUUACCAACCAACUUCCUCUUUGGGACUUCUUCUUCUUCUUACCAGUAUGAAGGUGCAUACUUGAGUGAUGGGAAAGGAGUAAAUAACUGGGAUGUCUUCACUCACAAAACACCAGGUAGAAUAAUUGAUGGAAGUAAUGGGGAUGUUGCGGUUGACCAAUAUCAUCGCUAUCUGGAGGAUAUAGAUCUAAUGGAAGCAAUAAAAGUCAACAGCUACAGGUUCUCAAUUUCAUGGGCGAGAAUUUUACCAAAAGGUACAUUUGAAGAAGUCAAUUUGGCUGGCAUCAGCUACUACAACCGGCUAAUAGAUGCUUUGCUACUCAAAGGAAUUCAACCAUUUAUAACAUUGUCACACCUUGACUUUCCCCAAGAACUUGAAGACAGAUACGGAGGUUGGCUAAGUCCCAAGUCACAGGAAGAUUUUGAAUAUUUUGCGGACCUAUGUUUUAAAUCAUUUGGUGACAGGGUAAAGUAUUGGGUAACCUUCAAUGAGCCAGAAUACUUAGCUACAUACGGUUACCGCAGAGGACAAGGUCCACCAUGUCGUUGCUCAAACACAUUUGGAAAUUGCAGUGAAGGAGAUUCAGAGAAGGAGCCAUUUGUGGUGGCCCAUAAUAUAAUCCUAUCCCAUGCAGCUGCAGUUGAUAUUUAUAGAACCAAAUACCAGACUGAGCAAGGUGGUAAAAUUGGCAUUGUUGUGCAUGCUGACUGGUAUGAACCCAUCAGCAAUUCCACCGCAGACAUCUUGGCCACAGAAAGAGCACGAUCAUUCACCUUGAAUUGGUUCUUGGACCCAAUCAUAUUCGGUAAAUACCCUACAAAUAUGCAGAAGAUUCUGGGAAAUACCUUACCCGAAUUCUCCAAUAAUGACAAAGAGAAACUCAAGGGAGGAUUGGAUUUCAUUGGCAUUAAUCACUAUGUUAGUUACUAUGUCCAGGACUGCAUGUCCUCCAUAUGUGAACCAGGACCUGGGGUCACCAGAACCGAGGGUUCAUACCAACAAAGUUCAAAAAAAGAUGGAGUUCCAAUUGGGCAACCUACUUCACUUGAUUGGCAAUAUGUUUACCCACAAGGCAUGGAGAAAAUUGUCAACUAUGUAAAAGACAGAUACAAUAACACUCCAAUGUUCAUAACUGAAAACGGGUAUGGGGAGUUGGAUAACCCAAAUUACACUGAGGAGCAAUACCUUAAUGAUUUCAACAGAAAAAAUUACAUGGCGGUUCAUUUAGAUGCCCUACUGGAAUCAAUAAGGAAAGGAGCUGAUGUUAGGGGGUAUUUUGCCUGGUCCUUGCUCGACAACUUUGAGUGGUUACAAGGAUAUACUGUAAGAUUUGGACUACACCAUGUUGAUUACCAAACACUGAACAGAACUCCGAGAUUAUCAGCAAGUUGGUACAAGGAAUUCAUUGCAAAGCAUAAAACAGAAACCUUCUGCCAGGAAUGA